ACUCCGGUGAAGUUCGAUUGUACGGGGAUGCUGGUGUGAAGUGAAUAAAGAGAAAGCGAACAUCAGAUAAGCAUCAGCCAAUCCGUGCACUCCCUGGAAGGUGGCAUCAAACUCUCUGACCAAUCACAGCGCGCUAUUUCUCCGCUCAAGACAGUACUACGCAUCACCCUCAACAGCAGCUGUUACGCAUCUCAGCUCUUGCGCGUUUGGAUAUUCCUGCUUCAGAGGCGGCUGUACUUUUAAUUCAAGCUUCCACGUGCGCUGAAUUCUCACCCAUCCGCAGCAGCAGCAGCAGUUUGUGAUCAUCAUGCCUGACAUGGAUAUCAAAGCUCAGGCGCGGCGCGCAGAGACAGUGGAGGACGUGUUUGAUCACACAUAUAAAGAGAAAGAAGGGCCUAAACCUCCCAUCGUCGUAGUGUGGAGAAAUGUAAUUCUGAUGACUUUAUUGCACACUGGAGCUCUGUAUGGACUCUUACUGAUACCAUCUGCAUCUUUUCUCACAUUAAUCUGGACUUUCGCAUGUUUCGUGUACAGCGCUCUGGGCAUCACUGCGGGCGCUCACAGGUUGUGGAGUCACAGAUCAUAUAAAGCGUCUUUACCUCUCCGGAUCUUUCUCGCCUUUGCCAACUCCAUGGCCUUCCAGAAUGACAUCUACGAAUGGUCACGUGAUCAUCGCGUUCACCACAAGUACUCGGAGACGGACGCCGACCCUCACAACGCCGUGCGAGGGUUUUUCUUUGCUCACAUCGGCUGGCUGUUGGUCCGUAAACAUCCUGACGUCAUCGAGAAGGGACGCAAGCUGGAGAUCAGUGACCUGAAGGCCGAUAAGGUCGUCAUGUUUCAGAGGAGGCACUACAAGCCGUCUGUGCUGUUGAUGUGCUUCUUCGUCCCGAUGUUUGUGCCCUGGUUCUUUUGGGGGGAGACGCUGUGGGUGGCGUAUUUCGUCCCGACCGUCCUCAGAUACACGCUUGUGUUAAACGCCACCUGGCUGGUCAACAGCGCCGCACACAUGUGGGGAAACCGGCCCUACGACAGCACCAUUAACCCCAGGGAGAACAGAUUUGUCACCUUCAGUGCCAUAGGUGAAGGCUUCCAUAAUUACCACCAUACGUUCCCCUUCGACUACUCCACCAGUGAGUACGGCUGGAAGCUCAAUCUGACCACCUGUUUCAUCGACCUCAUGUGUUUCCUGGGCCUGGCCAGCGACCCCAAGCGCGUGUCCAGAGAGGCGGUCCUCGCUCGAGUCCAGCGCACCGGAGACGGCAGCCACAGGAGCGGCUAAUGGCCGGUCAGCCGCCCGUCCGUCCCCAACAAAACUGCCAGCCGGAAAACAGAAGGACAAUCGAUCCUUCCAGUGACGGGGAGUUUUAACAAGCUUCUGCUUUAAGUUUGACAUCAGAUGACAAAUGUUUUUUUUCCCCCUCAGUCUAGCCUGUGAAGCUUUAAUACGGGGAUCCGACCUGUUUGUGUAGCGCUUAUUCAGAUUUAGUUUCCGGCUUGUAGAUAUUUUUGACACCCCAGUCUGAGCUUUUGUAGCUGACGUGCCAGUUUACUCAAUGCAGGAGCUAAACGCGGCGCCCAACGACCCCGUCACCCUCCCGGGCCUUUUUGUGUGCGUCCCGGGUGGAAUCCUACCAAACCUAGCUGUGCAAUUUGAGAGAAAUUAAAAUCUAUUUAAUAUUUAACAGCCGCACCUUACUGAAUCAAGCGAUCGUAUUUAAUAAUUUAAUAUUGCCAAACUGUUUUGUCGCCAUACUUGCACAAAUUGUUCAUGUUUUGGAGCACUGUUUGAAUCUGUAUUAAUGAUUCUUGAUUUAUAAGCAUUUGACCUCAGCACAGAUAUGACGGUUCAUAAGUCUUUUUGCUAACUUACUUACAGUGAGUAACGUUAACUAUAAUUUCAUGUUACGGUAACAGAAUCCAGAAGAUGGAUUGAAUGGUAGAAGCUGCGUGACAAUGAUUGAGAGUGUUGAUUCUUGAUUAUUCAGUACUGUAAAAUGUAUAGUUUGGUUUUGUAUUGUAAUUAACUGUGCAACAUCAUCCUUACCAAGUCCAGAUUUGUUCCUACAUUAACGUUUUCGUCUUCUAAAUACAUCUGGAACGUUAGUGUAAGCAUGCUGUAUUAAUACAGACAUCUUUUCUAUUGCAUAAUAACACGGAUGGAAGUAUGUCGAACAAAACUUCCAGUAAUUAUAAUAAUACAGGCUCCGCUGGUAUUAUUGUUGCCAAAAACGUUUGUUGCAUGCGUGCCGAUGAUGUUUUGGCUCUACUUCACCUGUAUGUUUAAUCAAACAUAAUGUAUUUUCAGAGAUUUUUCAAUGCUAUUUUUCCAUGUUUAGAUUUCAUUUGACAAGUUGCUCAUAGUUCGAUUGUUUGGCAACUUUAAAACAAUUUGGAUUGUAAUUCCUUUCUGAGCGUGUGACUCGAAGACGCCGCUGUUCCUCUCACAGGACAGAUCGCCUUAUUUUCACUCUGACACUUGUGACUCGAGAUGCCAAAAAGCAGUUGUGAUAUUUCUCAUGCUGUUUGGAAGAAGCCUUUGGCUCUUAAAACUAAUAUGAUGUUCUUGUUUGUGAUAUAACAGCCUGUAAUAGUGAAUAGACUCUUGUUUCUUAAUCUAUUACUGGAAAUAAAGUCUCAAGCAAAGAGCUUCUAAACUUUGA